AUGAUCGACUUUAAUACCCCAUUACUUACAGUACACAGUAAUACAAUCUCUAGGCAAAAUAAGUUUGAUUGGGAAACUGCCAAAAUUGAUAUGCAAUAUGUUCUUUAUUCAUCACCUGUGAAUGUACUGCUAGUCUUUGUUCCCCUAGGAAUGGUUUGGGGUUUUUUUGAGCUAUCAGAAAAAUGGUUAUUUAUCUUCAACUUUUUAGCUAUUAUUCCUUUAGCUGCCAUAUUAUCAUAUGCUACAGAAGAAUUAGCUGACAAAGUUGGAAACACUUUAGGUGGAUUAUUGAAUGCCACAUUUGGUAAUGCUGUUGAACUAAUUGUUUCAAUUAUUGCUUUAGAGAGAGGUCAAGUUAGAAUUGUACAAGCAUCUAUGUUAGGCAGUUUACUGUCAAAUCUGUUAUUAGUACUUGGUUUCUGUUUUGUACUUGGUGGAUACAAUAGAGUACAACAAACAUUUAAUCAAACAGCUGCACAAACUAUGUCAUCGUUAUUAGCGAUUUCUUCUGCUUCUUUGUUAAUUCCUGCUGCAUUUAAAGCUACGUUACCUAGUGGUAAAGAGGACGAAUUAAUUGACGAAAAGAUUUUAUCGUUAUCAAGAAGUACAUCUAUUAUUUUGUUAAUUAUUUAUGUUUUAUUUUUAAUAUUCCAAUUAGGAAGUCACCAGGUUAUAUUUGAACAACAAAAUGAGGAAACUGAUGAAGUUAUAAGUACGUAUUCAUCUAAACCUAAGCAUUCUUUAAGUGUAAAAUCCUCCCUUAUUUUUUUAGUGACAUCUACGGUUUUAGUAUCUAUCUGUGCCGAUUACUUAGUAGGAGCUAUUGAUACUUUUGUUGUUUCCACAGGGUUAUCUAAGACAUUCGUCGGUCUUAUUGUCAUUCCAAUCGUCGGAAAUGCAGCAGAACACGUUACUUCAGUAAUGGUAGCUAUGAAAGAUAAAAUGGAUCUUGCUCUUGGUGUUGCCAUCGGAUCUUCCUUACAAAUUUCAUUAUUUGUCACUCCUUUUAUGGUUCUUUUUGGAUGGUGGAUUGAUGUUCCAAUGACUUUAAAUUUUUCCACUUUUGAAACUGCAACAUUAUUCAUUUCCAUAUUUCUUUCCAAUUAUUUAAUUUUAGAUGGUGAAUCUAAUUGGCUAGAAGGCUGUAUGUCUUUAGCCAUGUAUCUAUUAAUUGCUAUUGCCUUUUUUUAUUAUCCUGACAUGGAAAACUUUGGUCUUUUGUGA